CAGGGUAUUUUCCACGGUUUUACCUCUUGAGCCAUCUUUCUGCUGCACGGUGUUCAUUUCACUCCGGGCUCUAUUGGAAAAUGAUUACGUGAGAGGGAUUUGGUUACACUGGGCUUCAGCAAAGGCAACACCAGAUGUUCAAGCAAUGUUUUCAGCAUAACAUCUGAGCAUUUCUUUAACAAUUGUUUACCAGCCCCCAUGGCUAACGCUUUGAGUUGGCUGAUCUUAUUCUGUAGCCUUAGGAUCUUCCUGACAGGGAUCUCUUCCCUCUCACCGGAGUGCAAUGUAGACUGCCAGACCCAGUGUCUCAUAGACUGCAGGCAGGGACAUUACUACACAGCUGGCAACUGCUUGGAAUGUCCAGCAGGCUUCUAUUGCCCUGGGGGUCAAAAAGCUCCAAGGAAAUGCCCACUUGGAACAGCCAAUGAACUUACAGCUCAAGUGGACAUCACAGCCUGCCAGGUCUGUCCCAAAGGCUAUCUCAGCCUAGAGAAUGGAGCGGGAUGUCGUGCGUGCCCAGAUGGCUAUUCAUGUGAUCCACGUAGCGGUGUGCAGAGGAGCUGCAGCCCUGGCCAGUAUUCUCCAGAGGGAGAGUCAGAGUGUCUGGAAUGCCCGGAGAACUAUGCCUGCCCAGAUGGACGGAGUAGGCAGCACUGUUUGGCCGGGCAGGAGCCAAAUCCAAGCCACACUCAUUGUGUUACCUACACCCCUGGUUCUUUCUCAGCUGAAGACACGCUGAUACGCCAGCCUUGUCCAGCAGGUCACUUCUGUGCAGGCAGCUUUACAGAUGCUCCUCUGUGCCCAGCAGGGAGCUUCAAGCCCAAAGAGGGACUACACAUGCCCAGCAGCAGCAGCUCCUCGUUCUUGCCCGGAACUGGAUUGUGUCUAAAGUGUCCUGCUGGGUAUUUCUGUCCUGCUGGAGCAAGUCACCCAGCACCAUGCCAGCCAGGUACAUACAAUCCUCUCCAAGGACAGGAUGAAGCCACUGACUGCAGAGCCUGCCCAGCAGGAAGAGCUUGCACUCAGGCUGGAUUAGCCCAGCCUGACUCCGAGUGCUUACCGGGGUACGUGUGCCCAGCGGGGUCAUCCAGCCCCCAUUUUCCCAGCAAUGCCUGUCCUCCAGGAACGGUUGGUGAUGGCUUCGAUCUCUUUGAUAAGUCCCAGUGUGAGACGUGUCCUGCUGGAUAUUUCUGUGCUAGAGGAACAGGGGGAAAACAGAAGCCUCCUGCUCCGUGUCCGGUUGGUCACUACUGCCCACCAGGCACAAAGCACGCAGUGCAGCACAAGUGUGCCCCGGGCACCUGGAGCAACAGGACAAGGCUGAAAUCAGAAGAGGAGUGCUUGCUGUGCCCUGCGGGCUGGUUUUGUGUGGGAGGAUCUCAAGUCCCUUCUGGCAUGUGCAGCUCGGGGCACUACUGCCCUCAAGGUACCUGGAGAGGCACACAGUACCCCUGCCCUGCAGGAACAUAUGGCACCCGACUGGGAAACAGCAGAGUGGAAGACUGCACUGCCUGCCCUGCCGGGGCGUUCUGCCCCAGUGGGACCUCCAAGCCAGUUCUUUGCCCCGUAGGAACUUAUCGUGUGGAACAUGGUGCAAAAGUGGCUGCAGACUGUGUCCCUUGCCCUGGAGGGUACUACUGCCCCGACCUUGGCACUGUUACACCUCGAACAUGUGGUGCUGGCAACUUCUCAGACCAAGGUUGGGCCUCCUGCUUGCCAUGCUCUGUUGGACAUUACUGUGCUAGCGAGCACACCAGCCAGGAGGUGAUGCUGCUGGCCAUGGUUUGCCCAGCGGGUCUCCGGUGCCCAGAAGGACAGGCAGUCAUUCCAGAGGCCAUUGCAAAUGCCUGCCCCAGGGGCUACUACUGUCCCCAGGGAGAUACUGGCUCAGAUGCUAAGCCUUGCCCCAAUGGGACCUAUGGUAAACAGAAGGGACUAAGCAGUGCUGAGGAAUGCUCACAGUGCCCUGCAGGGAAGUACUGCUACAGAGCCGGGAGCGAGCCUUCAGGAAUUCCCCACCCUACUGGGGAUUGUCCACCUGGCUAUAACUGCCCUCCAGGAACUGGAUUCCCUUUCUCCUUCCCCUGUACUCCUGGAUUCUUUUGGGACAAUUCCAGUGCAGAGGGUGAAGACAGGUGCAAACCGUGUCCAGCUGGGAACUACUGUGACUCUCCUGCCAUGACAGAGCCUAAAGCUUGCCCAGUAGGCUUUUACUGUGGCGAAGGCAGCUCUAAACCUGAGCCCUGCCCAGCGGGAACCUACAGUAACAAAAAGGGACUGUCUGGACCAUCAGAGUGCAACCCGUGUGGCCAUGGUUUCUACUGUGCUGCUCCAGGGCAGACUGGGCCAAGUGGUCCCUGCAAGGCUGGGUUCUACUGCCAGGGCAGGGCCCUUACUGCAUUGCCUACGGAUGGUGUGACAGGAGACGUGUGUCCUGCGGGGGCAUAUUGCCCACCUGGGUCCCCCUUACCCAUCCCCUGUCCUCCAGGAACCUACAGCAAUGUGAGUGGGCUGAGAAGCCUCCAUCAGUGCUUGGACUGCCCACCUGGCCUUUAUUGCCACGGGGCAAAUACCCAAGCUCCCUCGGGACCAUGUGAACCUGGAUACUACUGUACAGGAGGUGCCAAAAGUGCUCUUCAGCAGAUGGUCAUGGAGGGGCAUUAUUCCUCAGCAGGAGCUUUCAAGCCAGAGCCGUGUCCUCUUGGCAGCUUCCAGCCUGACCGUGGUCAGUCUCAUUGCAGGGACUGUCCAGAGGGUACGUUCUGCAAUGAGACAGGUCUGGCUGAAGCCCAGCCUUGUCCAAAAGGGCAUUUUUGCUUAGGAGGAAGUUCCCUGCCUCUCCCGUGUCCAGUGGGAAUGUAUGCAGAUGUGCUCGGGGCAGGUUCAUGCAAGCCCUGCCCAGCAGGCAUGUACUGCAGCAUGGCUGGUCUGGCUGAGCCAGAAGGACCUUGCCAGCCUGGGUAUUACUGCAAUCAAGGGUCCAGCAGCUCCUCACCUGUGGGCCUUUUAUUUGGAGAUCUUUGUCAACCAGGAUAUUACUGCCCUGCUGGGACAACACACCCAAAAGAGAUGGCAUGUCCUGCUGGCACCUGGAACGGCCGGAGGGGAGCCCAGGAUGCCACUUGGUGUCUUCCUUGUGCCCCUGGGUUUUUCUGCAGUAUGUCUGGCCAAGAUGCUCCCGUAGGACUUUGUGCACAAGGCUAUUACUGCACGGGAAGGGCAAAGACUGCAAAGCCAGUGGAUGGUGUCACUGGAGAUAUCUGUCCUCGAGGACAUUUCUGCCCUGCAGGCUCAGCAGCACCUUCUCCCUGCCCCAGUGGUGAAUACAGCAAUGCAACAGGUCAAGACAAAUGUUUUCCGUGUCCUGCUGGGUUCCACUGUCCUAAAGGGCUGAGACGCCGCUGUCCUCCUGGCUUUUAUUGCCCUCAGAGAACUGGAAUCAGUUUUUAUCCUUGUCCCCCUGGGACUUUCAAUCCCUCUUACGGCCUCAGCCAGGCUGAGAGGUGCCAGCAGUGCCCUGCAGGAAUGUUCUGUGAAGACUGGGGACUCUCCUCUCCAAGCGGUCCCUGCUGGCCAGGGUUCUUCUGCACAGCAGGAGCAAGUGUCCCAAACCCUGAUGGAGCCACGAACACCAGCACUGGUGGCCCAUGCCCACCUGGACACUUCUGCCCAGCUGGCACAAGUAUCCCACAGCAAUGCCCUGUGGGCACUUACUCAGACAGGCCGUACAUGUGGCAGGAAUCCAGCUGCACGGCGUGCCCAUCUGGCCAUUACUGUGGCUCUGCUGCCCUCACAGCACCCUCAGGGCUCUGCUCAGCUGGGUACUACUGCCUGCCCGGGGCUUCCUCUCCAUCACCACAUGGUGUGUGGGAGACAGGAGGCCCUUGUCCUGUGAGCCAUUUCUGCCCAGAAGGAGCCAGCUUUCCCUUAGCCUGCCUUGCAGGGACCUACAACAACCUCACCAGACAAGCUGCAUGCUUCCCUUGUGCCGCAGGAUACUACUGCCCAGAGAAUACUACCAGCUACAGUGUGAAUCCUUGCCCAGCUGGCUUUUACUGCCCUAAAGGAACCAGGUUUGCUACCGAGUUUCCUUGUCCCCGGGGCUACUUUAACCCCGAUCCCAUGACACAGAGCUUGGACAGCUGCUUGCCCUGCCCACCUGGGCAUUACUGUGGGAAGGAGAACUUGACAGCUCCAUCAGGCAAGUGUGAUGCAGGUUGGUUUUGCAUCUCUGCUGCUUGGACCUCGCAGCCUUUUGACCUGGAUAACUACACCAGUGCCAACUGCCUCUGCCCAGCCACUGCCACCGGAGGGAAGUGCAUAGCUGGUUUCUAUUGCCCCGAAGGAAGCCCAGAGCCUCUUCCCUGCCAUGCGGGGUUUUACUGCAAUGCCUCAGGUCUGUCUGUGCCUAGUGGGGAAUGUUCUGCUGGAUUUUACUGUAAAGGUGGAGCAGUCCUCCCUAAUCCAACAGAUGAUGUGACUGGGAAUAUCUGCCCUGCGGGGACUUACUGCACUGCGGGGUCAGCAGAGCCCAAGCUGUGCCCAGCUGGCACCUUCUCCAGCCUGCCAGGGAGGAGAACGCUUGCUGAGUGCCAACCUUGUCCCUCUGGCUUCUACUGCGAGGGUCCUGGACUCAGUGCCCCCACUGGAGAGUGCUGGGAAGGCUAUUACUGUGACAACCAGCAAGGGCCAGUUAUUGAUUUCACCCUUUACCCGUGCUCACAAGGCUUUUACUGCCCACAAGGGACGAGCAGGAGCACUCAGUACAGCUGUCCUGCGGGAACGUUUGGGCCAAGGCAAAAACUGAAAGCUGUCAAAGAAUGUCAAAGCUGCCCACCAGGAAAAUACUGUGAAUUCUCUGGACUUGCUGCCCCAACAGGAGACUGUGCUGAGGGAUUUUGGUGCAGAAUUGGUGCCCGGGUAAGAAAUCCUCAAGAUAGGGAAUCGGGAUCUCCUUGUCCUCCUGGUCAUUAUUGUCCAGAAGGUGCACCACAUCCAAUAAAGUGCCCUCCUGGCACCUGGUGUGGCAGUGAAGGCAGUAGGAGUUUGCAGGACUGCCAGCCUUGUCCUGGAGGGUACUAUUGCAACAGCUCUGGACAGAGGGCCCCCACGGGACACUGCAGCCCAGGGUAUUACUGUGUCAGUAGGGCCCAGACCCCAACACCCACUGAUGGACUCUCAGGGGCUCCAUGUCCAGUCGGUCACUUUUGUCCUCUUGGAUCCAGGAGUCCAGAACCAUGCCCCACUGGCUCCUACAUGCCACAGACCCAUGGAGAGAAUUGCCAUGCUUGCCCUGAGGGUGAAUACUGUGUCCCUGGUGCGAAACCAGAGCUGUGUCCCCAGGGGUAUUUCUGUCCCAAGGGCACAGCUCUUCCAAUAGCUUGUGCAGCAGGGUCAUAUAACCCCUCACAAAGGCAAGCCAGCUGCCUCCCCUGUCCCCAAGGGUUCUUCUGUCCCAAAAAUUCCUCUUCUUUUUUGGAGAAUGCAUGUUCAGCUGGCCACUACUGCCCUACAGGCACCGCUUCUGGGACUCAGUUCCCAUGUCCUGAGGGGACUUACAACCCACAGAAUGGAAGCAGCCUGGUGUCUCACUGUAUCCCCUGUGAACGAGGGCACUACUGUGCACUCGCGGGGCAGGCAGAUGUUACAGGGCCCUGUCUGGCUGGGUUCUACUGCAGUGGAGGCUCUUCUAGUCCAACACCUACAGAUGGUCUUCUGGGCAACACAUGCCCAAAGGGAACUUACUGCCCGAUGGGCACUGCCUUCCCACAGCCAUGUCCUCCUGGUUAUUACAGCAACUCAACUGGGAAUACUGGGAUUGAGGACUGUCUUCUGUGUGAUGCAGGGUAUUUCUGCAGUGGGACUGGACUUCUGUCUCCAACUGGAUUAUGUGAAGGUGGAUUCUACUGCAGUGGAGGAGCUGUUUCUCCUAACCCUCCCAGGACAACAGUCAGUGGAGGACCGUGUCCACCUGGACAUUACUGUGUGGUGGGGAGCAGCAGAGCCCAGCCUUGCCCUGCAGGGAGUUACAGCCCAUCCUGGAGUAUGGCACAGUGUUUGGAGUGCCCAGAAGGUUUUUACUGCGAGGCUGCUUCCACAAACUACACAGAUUGCCCUGCAGGUCACUACUGCCCCAGGAAUACCAAAUUUGCCACUCAGUAUCCUUGUCCUCCUGGAACGUACAGUGAAGCUUUAAAUAUCUGGGAUGCUUCCAAGUGCCAGCUGUGUCCUCCUGGAAGGGUCUGUUCCAAGCCAGGCCUAGCAAGACCAGAUGGACUGUGUAUGCCUGGAUGGUUUUGUCCACCUGGAUCUGUGUCAAGCAAGCCAAUGUUUCCUGGAAAUCACUCAGUGGACGUGGCAGCUCCAGCUUCUGGAUCUUUUGGACGGUGCCAGGCAGGAACCUUUUGUCCUGCUGGAUCAUUUCUUCCUAUUCCCUGCACUCCAGGUUUGUACUGUGCAACUGCAGAGCUAUCAGCUCCAUCAGGUCCCUGUGAGGCUGGCUUCUACUGCACAGGGGGCUCCAUGCUCCCAAACCCCAUGGAUGGAGCGGUGGGGAACAUUUGUCCUCGAGGCCACUUCUGUCCUGCAGGGAGUUCUUCUCCAUCUCCGUGUCCCCGAGGCUCCUUCCUGGCUCAUCGUGGUGGCCAGUCAGCACAGGACUGCCAGGCCUGCUUCCCAGGGUGGUUCUGUUCUGAGUGCGGCCAGAGCUCCCCUGAAGGUCUGUGUAAGGAGGGGUGGUUCUGCCCGGAGGGCUCUGCGUCUGGGCAGCAUUCAGAUUAUUUAUGUCAUGUGGGUCACUAUUGCCCCACUGGCAGCCCUGAGCCCAUACCCUGCCCCUCUGGAAAAUACCAGGACCAGGCUGGUAAAAGCCAGUGUGAAACGUGCCCAGCAGGAAUGUUCUGUGCCCUAGAAGACCAUCCAUCCAAUCUCCAUAACUACUCACAUGGAGUGAUCAAACCAGUGGUCUGUCCAGCAGGAUAUUACUGCCCCCCGGGCACAAAAGCUGGCAACCAGUACCCAUGCCCAGCAGGGACUUACAGUAACAAAACUGGACUGAGAAAUCCUAGAGAGUGCCUGCCUUGUCCCGGAGGCAUGUUUUGUGCCAGUGCAGGACUCGUUUCCCCCAGUGGUCCUUGUUUGCCCGGGUAUUACUGCACUUCAAAGGCACACGUACCCAAUCCUGCCAACGAUGCCACUGGUGGCCUUUGCCCUGCGGGCCAUUACUGCCCAGCAGGCAGCAACGAGCCAUGGCCGUGUCCCACUGGCAAGUUUUUGCCUCAGUCUGGAAUGGUUUACCAGAAUGCCUGUCUGCCCUGCCCAGGAGGGAAGUUCUGCCAAGGAGAGGGCUUGAUGAGUGUUUCUGGAUCGUGUUCUGCUGGCUAUUUCUGUGACGUUGAAUCCACACGGCCAGACCAUAAGCAGUGUCCCCCUGGCUUUUACUGUCCCGAAGGCUCUGAAUCCCCGGUUCCUUGCAGCCCUGGUCACUUCAACUCUGAGAGAGGAAAGUGGAAAUCAGCAGACUGUCAGCUCUGCCCAGCUGGAUAUUUCUGCAGUGGUUCUGGAACACAUACUCCUGAGCUGUGCCCUGCUGGGUAUUUCUGUCUGGCAGGUACCAACUUCAGUACAGAGCAUCCAUGUCCAAAGGGUACCUUUGGCCCCAGGACUGGUGCCACUAGUGACUCUGACUGUGAGCCCUGCCCAGCAGGCAUGUAUUGCUCAGCACCAGGUCUUUCACAGCCUUCUGGAUUUUGCUAUUCAGGUUAUCAUUGUGCCAAGGGAGCCAUCAGCCCAACCCCCUUCAAACACAGGGUGGAAUUUGCUGGCCUCGCGUUGCCUGGUAAUGAUAUCUGUCCUGCAGGGCAUUUCUGCCCCAAUGGAACUGGGAAUCCCAUGCCCUGCCCUCCUGGGUCUUUUUCUGCUGCCAGGGGCCUGCAGGCAGAAGAGCAGUGCCAGCCGUGCCCCGCUGGACGAUAUUGCAGCAGGGCAGGAUUGUUUGAUCUGGCUCAGACAUCGCUGUGUAAUGCAGGGUACGUUUGUCUGGAAGGAAGCUCUGCUCCCUGCCCUUCUGAUGGGGUUCAUGGAUACAGAUGUCCUAGUGGCUUCUACUGUCCUGCUGGCACUGGGCUAGAACUGCCCUGUGAGCCUGGCACCUUCAGCCCUAUGCCAGGGGCGAGUGCUUGCCUCCCUUGCCCAGCUGGAAUGACCUGCAGCCAUGCAGCCACUGCAGAACCACUCAGCUGCCCCAGAGGUUACUAUUGUCCAGCUCGGACUGCUGCUCCCAUGCCGUGUCCUGAGGGGACACUGAAUACCAUGGAGGGGGCAUUGGCCCCCACUGCCUGCAAGCUGUGUCCAGUGGGCAGGUACUGCAGAGGAGAUGCUAACUGGGAACCUGAUGGUCUGUGUGCAGCUGGGUACUACUGUGAAGGAGGAGCCACUGAUGCUGUUCCACGUGGGACGCCAGCAUUCCCACUCAGUGGGCCCUGCCCACUUGGACACUAUUGUCCCGAGGGCACUCCUUUCCCAGUCGCCUGCCCAGCUGGGACCCUGAACAACAGCACAGGUGGUACCUCUCUGGAGAGCUGUGUGCCAUGCUAUCCUGGGUCUUUCUGCGCUGGCGUUGGUUUGAGUUCUCCAACAGGACCUUGUACUGAGGGAUUUUACUGCCCAGCAAACUUCAGCUCCUUCAGCCCCACAGCAUUUAUCUGCCCUAAGGGUCAUUUCUGCCAGUCAGGAGCAGCCCACCCAACGCCGUGCCCUGCUGGGCAAUACCAGCCAGCCAAGGGCUCUGCAUCCUGCAUUCCGUGCCAGAGAGGAUUCUACUGCCAGGAGCUGGUGGCUGGAGACCCCAGGAGCUGCCCACCACAUGCUUACUGUCCUACAGGCACACAGUUUCCUCAGACAUGUCCUGAAGGCACCUUUACUCCUCCAAACAUGACUGGCCUCUGGAAUGAGAAGCAAUGCCUGCCUUGCUUACCUGGUCACUACUGCAGGCAUGGACAGCUAGUGGGGAAGUGUGCUGCUGGGUACUUCUGCCUUGCUGGGAGCUCUCAGGCCACUCCACAGGGCCCUGGCUUUUCCUGGCGCUUUCCAUCUGGAUGCCAAUGGGGUCAGGCAUGUGCUGGGCUGUGUCCUGCAGGUUUCUACUGCCUGGAGGGAUCUGAGUUACCUAUACCGUGUCCUGCCAAUACUAUUAGGGAUGUUCCCGGGGCUGGGCAGAGGGAAGACUGCCUGCCCUGUCCACCAGGCCACUGGUGCAAAGCAGGGGACUCAGAGGCCUACCUGUGUCCUUCAGGACACUAUUGCUUUGGAGGUAAUGGCAGUGACCAGGACAGUCUGGCACCUCAGAAAUGCCCUCCGCAUACUUACCGCAAGCAGCCGGGAGCUCAGAGCCUGACAGAUUGCCAGCCGUGUCCUCCGGGCUAUCACUGCCCUGUAUCAGGUCUAACCAGUUUUGAGGAUUAUCCAUGCCCACUGGGAUACUGGUGUCCUGGUAAAGGGGAUGCUUUCUUUUGUCCACCUGGCACUUCCAGAGUACAGCCUGGUGCAAAAUCAUUGGAAGAGUGUGAUCCCUGCUCACCAGGGUACUACUGCCCAGACCCAGCACAGACAGGGCUGCCUAACACCCAAGGAGUACCCUGUGAACCUGGCUAUGAAUGCCCAGCAGGUUCAGUAAAUCCAAAGCCUUGCAGGCCUGGCUCAUACUGCGGUGCUCGCACAGCCGUGCCCUCCAUGUGCCCUGCUGGGUAUUACUGUCCCGAAGGCUCAUCAACAUACAAUAGCCCUGAGCAGCUAUGUGUGUUUCCCUAUUACUGUCCCCUGGGCAGUGCCCGCCCACUGCCUUGUGAAGGAGGAUACAUGGCCCUCAGCUCCCCUGGGCCAAGGGAUUCCUUUGAGAAAUUCUGCAGAAUCUGCGACGCAGGCAGCUAUCGUAAUGACUCUUUCAUCUCUGCACCCUGUCAGCCCUGCCCGGCAGGCUUCAUCUGCCCACAAGGCAGUGAGACUUACCACAAGAAGCCUUGUCCCAUUGGCUAUUACUGCCCUUCCCUGACAUCUGCCCCUCUUCCCUGUCCCCCGGGGACCCGUGGGAGCAGCAACUUGGCCAAGCACAUAGAGGACUGUCAGGCCUGUCCUGCUGGCACCUUCAAUCACCUUCCUGCUCAGGCUUCCUGCUUUCCCUGUGGCAGCUCCUCUUCAUCACAGCCGGGUGCCACCAGCUGUACCUGCCAUGGGCUGAACCGGGCUUUCCAGCACUCAGAUGCCUCCUGUAUCUGCCAGGCAGGUUAUGUGUACUACGAUGAGCGAGGCAAGGAAAGCUCUGACAGCAACAGUGAUCAAGACUGCCAACCUCAGGUGGAUGAGCUCUGUGCUCCUGGAGAGGUCCGUCUAGCAGCCACACGCCGGUGUGUUUUUCCUGAGCAAUAUGACUGCUCUCCGUCUUGUGGGCCUGCGGGUGGAGAGGUUAAUGCAGAGCUGGGCAUAUGUCACUGCAAGCAGUACAUCUCUGCUGAGGAGCUCUGUGACCAAACAUGUUUGCUGAGAGCCCCACGGAUCUCCUUGGGAUUUGGCAUCAAGAGAGAGCUGCUUCUGAGGAUGGACGAAGAAGUCAGGGAAGUGACAAACGUUCUGGGCCCAGAUGAACACGUCCAGAAGAGCCAGCGGGUGCAUUUGGUUCUGUUUAAUCCCAGUGGAGUGCUGGGUUUCGUUGUCUCCAGCAUGGAUGUCUUAGAUGCAUUUCUCACAGGAGGUUUUUCAUCAGAUGAGCUGGUGCAGAAAGGUCAUCAAGUCCAGAGGGCUUUCUUCAAAGAUAUCCAUGCCUUGCCCCUUGUCCCUAACCCAGUGGUAUGCUUGGAAGCGGGAGACACAAUCCUUUUCCAGCUUAGCAUCAAUUAUCACAAUCGUGCAUCCAGCCAUUACCCUGUUUAUCAGAAGCAACAUCUUUAUAACAGCAACCCUAGCUGGGAUUACGGACCCUUCCGAAGGCUGGACCACCUCAUCCAGGAGACUCACCUCAACAUCUCCUGGUUUGCCCAUGUUUUCCUGGAGUCUGGGACAUAUGUUUUCAGGGAUAGGACCAUUCAGGAACACUUUCUGAUUGUGACUGUGAAUGAAGCAAAUGUGGGCUGUGACCCCAGAGAUGUGUCUUUCCAGCCCUCUUCUCUGUUCCAGCUGGCCAGACAUGGGAUUUUGAAGCAACAGGAACUGAACAUAGCUCCUAACUGGGCUUCUAUCAUAGCGGUGCUCUUCGUUCUGGGCUUCCUAAUUGUGGUGCUGACAACCCUGGCUAUUGUGCUGCAGCCCACUGUCCCUAUCCUUAGUCCCCUGAGGAGCUGGAAGCCACGAUGGAGGAGCCUAGGUGAGCCACACAUCCCACCAGAGUACGUCCUUCUCAAAGACAGCCUUCUGUACUAUCAGCAGCUUGGUCCCUGUGGUUCUGGAGGAGAUGCUGCCUUAGGAGAAAAAGGAGCCGUGCAUAAUGAAGAAGGGUGUUGUGCAGUGAGAGACCUGGAGGAUUUCAGUGUUCGCACGCUGUACGAUAAGUUGGAAGAUCAGAAUUUGCACCUGGCAUCUCAGCUGGCAAAGCACAGGAGGGAUGUGCUGGUGUUUUACAACGGAAUCAGCCAGCAGAUUCAAGGUCUCACGGACAUGGUGCGAGCACUGGACUCUAAAGGCUUGAAAAUCUUUGCCAGGCAAAGGAUUUGUGGGCAUAAAUCUGCAGACAGCAGCCGGGCGGCAGUGGGCACUGAAUGGUGUGAGGAACGCUGCAGCAGCAGCAGCUUCCACGCAGCUUGGCACGCAGGUGCGCUGCGGCAAGAGGCAAUGGAGUUGAUGAAAGCUCUGGAAAUCCUGCUUGGGAGAGCUCAGCAUAAGAACGUGAAACAAGAGGUGGAGCAGCAGGGCCGUGGACAGGACGUGGGGGCAGUUUUACCCUCGCUGCACAGUGAAAGUAAAGCAAAAGUAGUGGAAGGGCAGGAUUCUGAGCUGCCUGAGCAGCAAGAGCUCUUCAGUAGGAAAGGUGAUGUUCCCAGCUUCCCUGCGCAUGGAGAACACAGUAUGUGUGCCAUAGAGAGAUGCUUAAGAGACAGUUCCUCAGAGGAUAUGAGGAGCACCCUCAUCCCCAUGGAUCUGGCCAGUUUGUCACCUCGCCGGUUCGUGGUGUACCGCUUUGGCUGUGCGGUGGUGCGCCUGUUAACCAGGACCUGCUCAUGUCCUGCUUUGGUGCUCAUGCUGGCUCAGUCUGUUCCUGCCCAAAGUCCAGACCAAGCUCUUCUCCCAGGCCCUGGAGACUUCUACUACGAUGCCAUUAAUAAGUACCUGUAUGUACAUGCAGCAAAGCUGGAGGAUGCUGGGGAAUUUAUUGCUGUCCUGAUGAACUCCAUGGCAUGGAUCACGGCAGGUUGUCCCUCAAAUGGUACCAUUCCUUCCUGCUUUAUGAUGGAGCUCAACAGAGCUAUUGUGGUUCUUGCCAAUGCCUUUUUCCAGGUUUCAUGGGGGACAGCAGACAAGGACCCCUCAGACGGCCGCUUAUCUGAUGGCUUUGACAUUCAGACCGUGGUCAAUGAACUUCUACACAUCAGAGUAUCACCACAUCCCCGUGUCAAGGAAAAAGCCCUGGAUGAAAGGCUGUCUAGACUGCAAAAGUACCAGUGCCUUCGUCUGCGUGAGGGGUCCUUAGACAGGAUGGAAAAUUCACAGAAAAAUGACUGGAAUUCAGACUCUCCUGCUGUUAAGCUGAAGGUUACGCAGCUGGAGGAGAGCCUGGAUGAACUAAAUGAGGCGUUUGUUGAACUGACAGUACAAGCCAUGAGUCUGCAGGAAGAUGGGGAUCUGCUGGAGGAGGAGCUGAGAAUGCAGGACGAGUCACUUGUGACUGCAAGCAACAAAGAAGCACGGGGAGCUCAGCGGAAUUUGGAACUGUUAGAUUCCUGGGCCACAAAGAGGGAUGAAGCCACGCUGCUGGAAAUAGAGAGGAACUGCAUUGCUCAGAGGAUUGAAGAGAUAGAAGCAGAACUACUUCAUCUUCAAAGACCUGAAGGUCCCCGUGUAGCUGUGCUCAUGCCACUACUGAAAGACCACUGUCACUCUAAAGUUCCUGGACUGAGACCUGGGCUGAAUUGGCAAAGUGGGAAGACUCACAAGUGUCACCAAGUACAGCAGACAAACAGUCUUGCUUUUGAAGGUUCCAUCCACAGAAGACCUCUGAGAGUGCCAGGGAGAUCAUUGAGAUGUUGACUUAAUGGCUGUAAAGCAGGCCCAAAAGACAGGACAAGAUAUGUCAGGAAAUCUACUAGAGGUUAGGGCUCAUCCUGCCUGCUGACAGAAGGGGACUCAUAAAGUACCAUUUACUUUUUGCACUGCGAUUGGAACAAGGUUGGGCUGAAUCUUAUGAAUCUAAUAGUGGAGUUCUACUGAAUCUAAUAGUGGAGUUCUACUACAGCACACAGAAAGGAGAUUGACAUGGGCCAGCAGUGUUGUGGUGUUUGCUGAAAAAGAUUCCUUGCUUUAGAGGUGGUGCCACCAGGAAAGCCCUGCUGAAAAGGUACCAGAAAUAAAGCCCACGUGAGAAGCCAGGCUGCAGUUCUGGACAAGUGUAUAUACACCGCUGAAUCCUGGCAGUGAAGUGUUCUUCCCUUGGCUUGGCAAGAUGUGACACGCAUCGAGAGGGAUAUAUACUUGUGUCUGAGCCAGAGAGCUGUAAUCAUCACGUGAGUUCCCAGCCUGUCUCAACACCCAGAGCUGAGCCCUGCUUCGAAGUUUGUCUUUAUAGCCAAAGGGAAGAAAGAAGCACCUCCAGACAGCAAUUCGUCUCGUUUGUGCUAAGCGUGUAUGAGAUAAUGAUUACCCUGUGGAGGCAUGCAGCUCUCUGCCUGAACAGAGGAGGAGUCUGGAAGAAUAAUUUGGAUGAAAUCCCUAGCUUUUGGGAGAGAUCAUCCCGAAGUGUAUUAUUCAGCUGCUGAAGUGAUACUACAAAAUGAGAAUCAUUUUAUGUUAAAAUGCACGCGAAGCCGAAGGAAAGGAAGAAUUCUAUGCUACACAGUGGGAAAAGAAGACUGAAAUACAGCAGUGAAACAAUUGAGAGGGCCUCAAAAAUUGAGAAAGGGAAAAUAGCAUCAUAAGGAGAGCUAGUUGUGAUGCAGUAUUGGUCUUGUGGGAAUUGUCUUGCACUCUGAAAAGUAAUUUUGUGAUUUCUCCUCACCAGAAUGAUGAGCGGACUGAUUCUGCACAAGGUAACGUGUUCAAGUGAAACGUGAAGUACAAAAACUGAAAGCUCAGUGUUUUUGGAGCUGCCCGUUGUGAUGUUGGGUUCUCUGAGAAAGAGACAAAAAUGAGCGUGUUUGCAUCAGGGUUACAGCAGUUGGAUUUGGAUCCAUCAGAGGUAACUGGCACCACAUCACAAAGCUGUAUCAUCCCCGGGUAAGAUCCUCACUUACGCCCUUUCCCCCAAAUCCAUCUCAGCUCCUGAGUCACUUAGCUAUGGGUUUAAGCCCAGCCACCGUGGGCUUUCCCUCUGAGCAGAGGCUUGACCCACUGCAUUCAGCUUCCUGCUCUGGGUUGCCCUGUAAGGUUCUGUCUUCCCCAUUGGACUUCAUGAACCUGAGGUAAAGCAACAAGGUGCAUUUGUCCUUCGUGGUGGGUGGCUUAAAGUAGCUGGAGAUGAAGAGCAUGCCUGCUUCUGCUGCUGGUCAGCAUUCUGUCCUGUCCACCUCCAGACACAUCCCUGCUUGUUACCAGCUGCUUUUGUGGUAACUGCGUGUGUGCAAAGUGGUAACCGCCACUUUGCAGCACUCCUGCAGGAAGUGCCACUGACAGAUUUUGCUUUUGAUUUACACCAACCCCCAUUACUCAGCAAGAGCAAGCUGUAAAUUAGUGCUUGAGAAGUAUGAAAUGAAUGAAUGUCUGCUGUUAAAGCAAGCGGCCUUCCAGAGCACGUGAAGGGCUGCCAGGUACUCUGCUCUGGAUCCACGUAUGAUUUGCAUAUGCUUCACUUCCUUAUGGAGAUGAGUCAGAGAUGAAAGAGUUUCAGUCCAGUGAGGAACUGAGCAUCUGCUUGAAGUAGCUGCACGUUCUUGAUUUCUCCUGAGAGCGAGGUAGUGGGGGCUGUGAUACCUCCUGCAGUAAUCUAUGGGAUGGGGAGUAUCAGGAGAACAAAAUGAAAACCCGUAGUGUAGCAAGCCAACCAGACAGUGCCUAAGCAUUCCCAAUGGGAUGAGGUAGCUCGACUCUGCUUGUCCUGGAGCCAGUGCUGUUCCUGUCCCUUUUGUGUAAAGCAUUCUCCUGGUUCCUUCAAACCUUCCCUGAAGUUCCUUCAUUCAUUUUUUGCAUCAGCUUGUGGUGCUCUUGGCACUGCACUUCCUGGCAUCGUCUCUCUCUGUGUGUUUCUAACCUAUUAAAUGCUUUUCAGCUGGAGGUUUUGCCCUGUAAAUUGUUCUUUUCAUGCAGUGCAAUAUAUACUGGGCUGUCAGCUGUUAUUUACGGUCUAGAAGCAAGUUCUGAAUCUUCAGAACUGCCCAUUGUGUGAUCUGAUGCUCAAAACUAAAGGUGCUGGCUGCAUGCAUCAUGUUUCUUGCAAUUGAACGCCCAGCUGGGGCACACAGUGCUGUAACCUCACAUCUACAUUCGGUGGGCACAUCCUUCUGCAGCCUCAUGGUGAGCGUGAACAUGGAUUUUCUUUUGUUAUGUGCAUUUCUCCUGGUUUUCGCCUUUAGAGGAGAGCCUGGCUGCAAUACUAGUGUAAUAGGCAGGAGAGGGAGCUUUCUCCUUUGGAUGUCACAUUGCUGGCUGUGAUUAAUUCCUUUGGUUUUGUGAGCAUGGGGUGUCGUUGCAUUAUGAAGCGUGUUUAUGGAGAUAAUCCACUUAUCAGCACAAGCACAUGUUCUCUCUCCACUAGACAACAAAUUAUUUCUGUCCUCACUGAGAGAGAUUAUAAGGGCUAUCCUAACCUAGAGGAACAGGGGAGGACAUGGCACGAGGCUGAUAACAUCAGAAACAAAAGCAGAAGCAGGAGACAAAGAAAUGAAUUUAUUAAAGAAUGGCUGCAAAAUACAAGUGAUCUACUUCAGCAACUCAUCCAUCAAGGGGGUUUGGCCUUGCCUCACUGUAAUCUAAAUUGAAUCUAAUUUAGAUUCCAAGCAAGGGAUGGGAAUCCUUUCCUGAACCAAAACAAGCCUUGCCACCUCCUACCUUUCCAUUACUCAUUCCUUAAUUUGUUUGGGUUUGUUAUGUAGGACACUCAGGAAGAAUAGCUUAAAGCUGUGUGUGCCUGUGCUGAAUCUGAUGUUGUAAUCACUGCUUUGCCAUGCAUUGGGCUGACUUUUUGGUGCACUGAGAGCACGCAGAACUGGCAGCAUGUCUCUACCCAGGGCCCCCAGCACCUCGGUGUGAACAUCUUCCUCUUCUCUCCUGAGUGCUGGCUCGCUUGCUCUGCUGCUUGACUUCGUCUGGGGGAGUCCACUGACCCCUUGUGCUCGAGCAGUUUCUGUUUUUUCACUCUAAAAAUCAGCUCUGCUGAUGCCUACACACAUCUAGCCCACCCCAGAGACAGGCAUUGGCAGGUAGCUUCCUUCAGUUUUGAGAUGCCCUGCUUGCUGACCUACUUUCUGUUCUUGCAUUAUGUGUUGAUAAACAGCAAAACUCAGCCUCUUAGCCUGCGUAUGUCUGGAAAGACUAAAGGGCAGAACUGCUAUCUUCAUCUUCAUGCUCAUCAGCGCUGCGUGCCCUAUUUUUGUAUUGGUAGCCAGCUUGUGCUUGCCAGCCUCCUUGCAGAAAGUGUUACGGGCCACGUGAGAGGUGGUUGAUUAAGUGCUUGGAGGCAAGCAGCUGGUAAUGGGAGUAAGUGUGGGAAUGCUGCUUCAUUCGCACUUCCGAGCACUGCAACAAAGAACAAGAACCUCUCUCACACAUGAACUGCAUUCUAGACUGCUCCAGGGAAGGGCUGGGGAGUUUUGUUCAGGUUGCAGUCGGAAAUUCCAGCCAAAGCCAAGACUGGGUUGGCCUCAAAAGAGCAGGACACAGGUGGGAAAACAUUUCCUUUCCUGGGAUUCCUUGAGUGAGUAUCGGGGUCUGCUAUGCAAGGCAGGCAGCCAGUUCUGAUCCGGUAGCUGUGCUCUCUGCUCCACCAACCUGCUGUAGUGAUGCCCUGCGCUCUCCUGUUUCUCUCUGAAGGAAUCCCCCUGCUGCUGCUCAGCACUGUCAUACUGUUCAGCAUCUCUGUACCCAGUGAGAACUGCCAUCUCAUUGCAUUAUGAGCUGAAAGGAAUUUGCAGUUUGGUGGUCAGGAUUGUUGAGACACCUCAUGAGAUAGCAUAUCAAGUAUACAUCUUGGAGAUAGCACCUACUCGCAGCUGGGAGCUUGUGUUGUAUUUUCCAGAUGUAGUCAGAAGACUUCAGCCUUCCAAGCUGGCGUUUUGGCUUUGAGACUAGAAUAACAUGCAGGAAAAUCUGUCUGCUGCUGGGAACAUUCCUAAAUGCAUGAAGAUCUUCGUUACCCAUCUCAGCCUGCGCUCAGGGUUUCUAGAGGGCCGUAGCUAUUUGCAAUUUCAGUUGUUUGCAGCUCACUGCAUGCGAGUGCCUUAAUGCCCCAAGGAAAAAAGUAGGGGAACAGGAGGGAAAAAUAAAAGAAACAUUUCAUUCUGAGAUAUCACCGAAAGGAAAGGUGAUUUUGUUAUUGGAUCACAGUUAGCCGAGGAGGCUCUGAAAUUAAAAUGGCAGAAUUUGGUUUAGUCCGGAUAUGUUGGCCCAACUGUUCAUCUGUUGUUUGUACAACAGCCACAGCAAUGGGACCCUCAGUCACCAGAGAAGGAUAAAGAAACUUCUCUGAGCUGCGCGGGAUGCUGUGAGGUUACCAUUCUCUUAACAUCUUCCAAAUGCACAACUGGAGCCAGAAGAAUUGUGAAGGAAAAGGGCCCGGCGCUGUGCUGUGCUGCUGCAAGAGCUGUGUGAAAUUGUGUAAGAGGACGAAAGGAGCUACCCUGACACAUCACAGACAGCAAGUUUCUUUCUGAAUCAAAGGAAGCUCCUAGCAUUCACUGAGGAUGUGUGAAAUCCCUAUUUCUGCUUCAGAAAUAGCUCCGUGCUUGUGCGCCCUGCACCGAGGCGUGUCAUUUCUUGGAGAAACAACCCAUGUUGAUACUGAUUGUGUGUUGUUGUUCUUAGAUGCUGGGAAAGGGUGGUGAUGCCUGUGGCAUGUGAGAAAAAAAAAAAAACCUAUUUAUAGAACAAGCAGCUCCUUUGUUAGAAUAUGUCAUCUGGUUUGUAUCAGGAUGGGUGUAGGAGGAGGAAGGGCUGUGGUAAAAGCAUUGGGAGUUGCCCUCUGCAGUGAGCAGCCCAAACCCACUGGGCACCUUUCUCUCUGGCUCCCAGAGCUGUGCAGGGAAAGCAGUUACACGCUGGAGAUGAGAACAUAAUCCCUACCAGGCAAACGGGGGAUGUGUAAGUGCAGCCAAGUGGGAACAUCUGUCAGGGCUGUGCUUUGUAACGCACAGCCUGGUUUUAAUGUAAUGAAAUUUCUGGCAUAAAACUCCCGUGUUUUAUGGGAAAAAAAAUCUCUCUCCCUCACUGGCUUUGUUUAAAGUCUUCUGAAAAAUAUUGGGCAUCCCAUGAUGUCCGUGGUGCUCGUUCAUGUGCAUGAAGGUUCACGGUGACCUCUGCUUCCCUUGUUCUGCUGAUCCUACGCAUAAAAGCCUGUAGAAAGUCUUGAAAAUAAAAGAUGUGGGCUUUAGAAUGAGAACUGCUCUUCCAAAAAUGUUUUUGAUUGAAGGUUGUUUACACUGGAAGUAAUAACUAGCUGCUGGAGAUGUACUGUGGGCAUCCUGGGUGCCUGAAUGAUCAGAAUUUAGUAACUUGGGUACUGCUAGCAGCUGAAGAGCAUGUGUAGUGCCAAUGGAAUGGAAAUAAUCACACCACUCCUUACUGGGUCAGCUAUGUACCCUUUCACCUCAUUCCUACAAGGCUUUUGUGACGCUGUGGAUGGCUUCCAAUACCCCAACUUUUAUAUAGAGAGACACAUACAUAUUUGCCUCUAUAAGUGGCAUAGAUGUGUAUAGCGUUCUCUUCCUGAUGUGAUCAGCAUGGCUCCUUAUCCACAACCUGUUGUUUUCAUUGGGUGAUUGCUAGCUGGACAAGGAUCCUGUGGGGCUGGAUCUAUGCAAAUAGGAAAGAAAAAGACAAAAGGCAUGGCAAGUGGUUUCCUGUUUUGGUUAUUCAAAUGUACACAUAAUAAUAACAAGGCAAAUGUAUUGGAAGUUGCAGGUAAAACCGAAUUCUCUUCAAAACAGCAAGCUUCUCUCUCAAUUAUGAAUAAUAACAAACACCCUUUUCUUUUAAUAAGGAGUUCUUCCAAUAACAAUGGCCUUCUGGAAGCACCGUGCUGAAAUCCUGUAUUUCUGCUGUGUGAGUGUGGCUGGGGAGUGUCCAUCAACAGCAUCCCAUGUUCUUGAGUCGAAGAGCCCCAUCUCUAGUCCUGGAAGGAAGCUGUCUCUGUUUCCUACAUGAAAGAUGAUGACAGUUGUGCUACUGGAGGAGAAAGCUGGAAAUAUGGAGAUGGAAGGUACUGAACAAGGCCAAGGACCAAGCAAGUUUCUUUCUCACAAGGGCAGACACAGCAGUGCAAGAUACUGGUUUUUGUUCUGCAGU